UGGUUCAGAGCAACACAAAGUGACGGAGGGAAAAGACGCAGCAGCAAAACUUUGGAAAAAUCUCUUCAAAAUAGGCUGCCUGUCAUCUGUGCACUAUGGCUGUCAGCACAUAUGAGUGCCUCAUACGUCACUGACAUCCUGCACUGCGCGCGACGGCUCACACACCAGAAAAGGAAACCUGCAAGUGGAGCAAGUGGACCUGUCCUGCUAAUGGCGCUGCCGGGACUAUUUUUGGUCUUAUCAGCCUGCAUCUUUGGGCUUAACCAUGUGGAAGCAACACAAGACAUGUCGAACCUCUGUUCCAAUGGGCUCGAGGUGAUCUAUCCAGAACUGGACAUUGACAAAUGCCUCACCAUUCCACAGAAUAUGAGAAAGAAGAUCAGCCAUGUCUGGGGAGCUCCCAAGGUUUACUUCCCUGCAGCAGACGAGAAAAGCCUGUACGUUCUGGUGAUGGUCGAUCCUGAUGCUCCAAGCAGUACCAGCGGUACCUACUGGAGGCACUGGGUCGUCACGGACAUAAAGGGCAGUGCACUCAAGAAAGGACGAGAAGUGAAAGGAACUACUCUCACAGGUUAUUACCCUCCAACUCCACCACGGGGAACUGGUUUUCACCGAUACCAGUUCAUCUUGUAUCAGCAGCCAGCAGGCAGGGUCAUGUCACUGCCCGGCCCGGAAAACCCACCCCGCGGUAAAUGGAAUCUUAACGCCUUCAUCGAAACUAAUGUUUUGGGUCCACCUGAUGCCGCUGUGCAGUUUCGCACCCAAAACUAUGAAGAUUGAAGGGUUUUCAGAUAAUAUAAUCCAUCAGUACAAUAAUAAAAAUAUCUCCUCACUUUGAAUUGACAUUGUAUAGAUUCCUCAAAGCUUGUAUAAGGUCUGCUUUUUUCCCCUCUAUCUUAUCACUGAAUGAGAAAGACAUUUCCACUCUGUGUUAAACAAACUGCCUGGUUUUGAUGUUGCCCCGUAACUCUGUCAAGUAGGGUGAAGCUAAGGAUACGGGAGAUAGACUUUGACCUCACUGGGGAUUUCUUAUUAGUUUCCAAACACUACCGACAAGAAAAGGAAGAUGGCCCGAUAUCACAACUUGGUGUGGAAAGAGUUGAUUCUAAUUCAGGGGCGGAAACACGUCAGGGCCAAAAAAAGGAAGUGGGAGGUGAAACCGAGACCGCAACACAGCCGGAUGCCGCAGUGGAACUUGAACCAAAAUACUCUUCAGAGUGACAGGACAGGGGGAGGGGCUGCAGGGCCUGUGGUGUGUCGGGUGAAAGGAACUUGCUGUUUGUGUAAUUGUUUAUCAUAUUUCCUUUGACCACUUUCACCCCUAUUGGAAACACUGAGCUACUUUAUAAUCCUUGAUUGAUAUUUUUUAAGUAAAAACAUCCUGUUCUAAAGACUGAAA